UUGGCUCUGGAUUGCACCCAUUCCCGAAACAUUGUCGACCUGCCUUCCCAUUAUAAUCUUCCCUCCUCCACUCGUUUUUUUUAUUCUCUUUUUUUCUCAUAAAAAGGGUCAAGGCAAAAGAAGAGCCCGCCAAGAAUAAAAACACAAGCCUUUUCCUUUAUCUCCUCCUGCUUCUAUAGGAAACCAAAAGCACUUCCAGCUCCAGCUGCCCCACGCACACUCCCACACAUAAGCGCACCUCCAUUCACACCCACAUACCAACCAACGUUGCACACCCACCACUCGUUUAGUAUUGUGACUCUAUAUUUUAAAUAUGACUGAUGCACUGUUUCAAAACCUGGAGCGAGACUUUCUGCUGUCCAAGGAAAAACUCGCCCCCAUUGUCAGUGGUUUCGCCAACGAGUACAAGCACGGCCUCAAGACCCCCUCAAGGGGCCUUGCCACCAUGAUUCCGUCCUUCGUCACAAAGUUGCCCAAGGGAAACGAAACAGGGUCCUUUUUAUCGCUUGAUCUUGGAGGAACCAACUUGCGCAUUUCUGCUGUCGAGCUGCUCGGCAAUGGUCAGGUCCGUGUCCUGGAACUGAAGCAAUCGCCCUCGCAAGAACUCAAAACGGGCGCUGGUGCUGCAUUCUUUGACUGGAUUGCCGAUGCUGUAAAGGAGCUGAUUACCGUCAAGGCACCCCACCUUUUCACCGAGGCACAGGUACGCGGUGAAGUAACCUUGUCCUUGGGUGUAUGCUGGAGUUUCCCCGUAGAUCAGUCGGCUGUGGAUCGAGGCGUGAUCCUUCGAAUGGGCAAAGGCUUUACCCUUCAAGAAACAGAGGGUCAUGAUCUGGCUGAUAUGUUUCAACAAGCUUUCGAGCGCAAGUCAUUGAACGUUAAAGUGCGGGCCAUCUUGAACGACACAGUGGGCACCCUGGUUGCACAUGCCUAUAGCAAUCCAAAGGCCCGUAUUGGACUGAUCUAUGCUACCGGCAUCAACAGUGCCUACCCUGAAAAGGUAGAGGCCAUCGAAAAGAUGGACUCUGCUGUACGGAACAAGUAUCCUCCAGGCACAGAAAUGCUUAUCAACGCCGAAAUAGAUAUUUUCGGAAAUGAAAGCUAUCUGCCGCUGACAAAGUAUGACCUGGCACUGGAUGCCAGCCACAACCAACCCAAAUUCCAAAUUUACGAAAAGAUGGUGUCAGGUGCCUACCUGGGCGAGCUGGUUCGUCUGAUUGCAAUUGAUUUUAUCAAGGCCGACCUGCUGUUUGGCGGCGUGGUGCCCGAGGGUCUGGAAGAGCUUUGGUCAUUCCCAACGGCCUACAUGAGCGCACUGGAAGCAGAAGCUGACUCGUUGAACCGUGAAAAGGGUAUGGAGAUUCUGAGCAAUUUCCACUUUCUGCACAUGCCCACUCUGCAGGAUAUGGCCAUUCUGACCCGCAUUUGCCGCAUUGUUGCAACUCGUAGCGCUUAUUUGGCUUCUGUCGCCAUCGCAUCCUUGAUUCAACAGCAGCAGUUGCUGGACCAGCCUGAAAUUGUCGUUGGUAUCACCGGAUCCACUUACGAGUUCUAUCCCCACAUGGCCGAUCGUUUACGGUGCGCUCUGCGCGAAUGGUUUGGUGCCGAUGUGACGGAUAAGAUCAAGCUUGAAAUCGCUAGAGACGGCGGAAGCAUUGGCGGUGCCUUGAUUGCUAUGCUUUGCCGUGAUUAGAUGCAUGUAUGAUCUAUAAUAUUACCCUCCUCCAAAUUUUUCUUUGUAGUCCUGUUCUCGUCAAGCUCCUCCUGUUUUCCCCUCUGUAUUGUCCCUUCUUAUUUCAUCAUUCAUGUAGUACUAUUCUGUAGAUAAACUUUACUCAUUCUCCUCCCCACAUGCUCUUCAAACCAUCAAAAGAACUGUAUGCUGUUCUGUUUACACA